AAUUCUGUGCAGCAAAGGAAAGUUUAAAUACGAAUCGGUUAGUGGUUUCCAUAAGGGUUUGAUAUUGUUUCAAAUUAAAAAUGGAUAUUUGUGACAAUGAAAGUGCAAUGCAAUUAAAAACAAAACAAAAGUUCGCUAUUCAAAAACAGAAAUUUUCCUUCAGUAAUAAUAAUGAUGGAUUGUUGCUGAACAUUCAUCACACCAUUUCUCAAAAUGGGAAAAUCUUGCGGAUAAGGUUCACCAACGUUUGCUUUUCUCACGAGAAUGAAUACCUUACUGCAGUUGAUCACAGAGGAAAUUUGUUUGUUUUUCAUCUCGCGGAGACCAAAUAUUGGCUAUUACACCAGCGUUUCAAAGAUAUCACCGCUGUGGAGUGUGUUCCGGGAACAACCGACAUAGUUCUCGGGAAUAAGGAAGGAUAUCUCUUUGUUAUAAACUAUGACACUGGCAGUGAAUUGAUCCGCAUUAAAGCUCAUUCCACGUGUAUCGAGCGAAUAUCUUUCUCAAUUCAGCGUGCGGUGCACUAUCAACAGCAUCUGAAAGAGCAGCGAAAGAGCCAACCGUCGAUAUCAGUUCAAUCGAUCGGCAAACAAAAGCUGAAAAAGGCUAAAUCGAGCACGAACGCAACCUUGCUGUUCCUGGUGGCAACUUCACAGUGUGCGAAGUUGUAUGAGAUGCGGAAUUUCGUAGAAGUGCAUCAGUUGAAUUAUGGAGCGACAGAUGCACUGGAACGCAUCGUUCAGAUACAAUGGGUUCCAAAAUCGGAUUUGAUAGUGGGCUGCGGAAUGGGCGGCAAGCUUAGGGUUUGGAAGAGUGACUUCACACUUGUGAAACAGAUGGAUCUGAGAAAGAUGAAGGAUAAUUAUUUGAAAAAACACAAAAUAAACUUUAUUGAUUCGGACAUAUAUGGGAAGAAUGUUUAUGACAGUGAAAUUAAUUCCAACAAUGAAAUUAAUCGAGUUAUUAAAACUAUCACAAGCGACAAGCAUUCGAAAGGAUAUGUGAAAUCGGCUCAAUUCACUAAAAACGGAAGGUUUAUUUUGUUGAAUUGCGUUGACAAUACCUUGAUCGUAGUUUCCAGCGAUGUGUGGCAAAUAUGUAAAGUAUUUGCGUAUUCUAGUCUCUUCAUCACGCAAUUCGAAAUCAUACACAUGGAACAGUAUUCGGUUUCCCAAACAUCGUUCUGUGUUGUGGCGAAAACGGUUGAGAGUGAUUUGCUGCUAAUGAAUUUGGAGGAUGGCAGCAGAAGUUACAUUGCUCACAGUUCAGAAAACAAAUGCUAUAAAUUUCGGCUCUCUAGCAAUGGUAAAAUGCUAGCUCAGGUGUUGAAAAGUGGAGAAAUUUUCUUGCACAGUAUGGAAUGCCAUUCGUGUGUCGCGAAUGUGAAUAAAUUACAUCAUUUGACAACGAAGGAAACAGGAAAAACACAUUCGCGUCCGACAAGCACAGCUUCCCGAACUUUGUCUACACAACUGCUAACAGGAGAGAUUCUGUCGAAGGAUAAUUUCACAACACUAUCACCUACUACUUCUUCAUACACGCCACCACUCACGGUUGCUUCUUCUACAUCGGGAACAACUGGACCAAGCUGGUCGAUUUACCGGAGGAACAGCAAAAUAAAAUUUGCUAGGCGAUUAGGGGAGAUUCAUGACAAGAUUUCCAAAACUCUUGGUAAAAAUAGAUUGCUUCCCAUAUUGAAGGAAUUCGGCGAGUAUCCGGAGAAGCAUCGGAACACCAUUUGGCGCACACUGCUGGUAUUGCCACAAAAUAUUGAUUGCUUCAAUGCGUUGGUACUGCAGGGACACCAUUCUUGCGUGGCGGACUACGAUCAUAAAUUUGCCCGUCUGGGAGUACGUACGGUGCGGAACUUGAAAAAAAUAGUAUCCUGUCUUGCUUAUUGGUCAGCAGUUUUCGCACAGUGCGAUUUCAUUCCAUAUUUCGUGUGGCCUUUCGCUAGGAUGUAUCAGAGCGAUUCGCUUAGUUGUUUCGAAAUCGUGGCCACGAUUUUACUUAACCAUUGCCAAUUGUGGUUCGAGUUUGCUCCACUGGAGCCGUUCAAUUAUUUAGGCAUGAUAGAAAAUAUACUGUGCGAGUACGAGCCCAUGUUGAUGAAUUUCUAUCGUGAUCGCAAUAUUUCAUCGCGGGUAUAUGCUCUAACGAUGAUGGAGACAGCAUUUGCGGAAAAUUUCGACGCCAAUCAGUGGCAACUGCUUUGGGAUCAUCUGCUCUCGAACGAAUCGUUUUUCAUGAUAUUUUUCGUCGUAGCGUACAAUGCCAGCCAUAGGACAACAAUUAUGAAUUGCGCCACUGAAAAAGAUAUUGGCGCUUUUUUCCACGAACCAGCACUGAUAGCCAUCAAUAGACUGCUGAAAAGUUCAUACAAUUUAAUGGAACAAUGUGCCGAGAGCGUUCAUCCCAAAUACUAUAUGAAAUCGUUCGUUCCACUCAGCAGUGCCACACAACUGGACAAAAAUAUUAAUUUAGACGGACGCAAUAAAUCAUCGUAUCAGUACUACGAACUCAAUCAGCUUGGAAAUCGUGAUGAAAAACUCGCCAGGAGCACGUACAGCAAAUUUAGCAACUUUCCCAGACAUCUUAUUGAUGUUAAGGCAGGAGAGGUAACCGAUUUGAAGGCACAGCAACAGCGUCUUGAAACUAAAAUUGUCGAGAUGGAGAAAUUGGAGCACCUCUUGAAAGCCCGAAUGAGGGACAGUCUGGUGGAGGAGGAGCAUGAAAAACGCAUGAAAGAGGUUGAGCGGAAAUUCGAGAAAGCUAUUGCCGACGAAGAAAAACGAAUUGAGUUGCAACGAAAGCUGCUUCUCCUGCACAAAAAGCAGCUGCGGGAGCAGGAAAAGGAGAUGCUGCUGGAAACGCGCCACGCGAUGCUACGGAAAAGUGCUGCCGCGCGGGAGUCAGAAUUGGAGGCAUUGUUAAGAACGAUAGAACGGGGGAAGCGCUACGAUGACACUGACCUAUUGUUUGCCCAAGAGGGCAUAAAGCUGCAAGAAAUGGACCUAUUGUCCAGGAAGUUUGAAAUGAAUGUGAAAUCGAUGGAUGAUCGUCCACUAGAGCAGCGAUACCAACAAGCUAUUCAACAGUUGGAACGACGGAAGCAGAUACUUUACGAGGAUAUCGGACAGGCAUCUAAUUGCGAGUCAAACAGGUAUACAAUUAACCAUGUGAAUGAAAGCCCUAGUGCAUCCAGUUUCGCAUCAGAGAUGAACUCAUCGUCGAACUUGACAUCAAUGCAGCACUACGAAAAAAAGAUAAAAGAUCUGGAAUCCCAAUUGGAAACGCUACUUCGUGUGACUGAACGAGAUGAGACGUGAUGACAUGAUCUUUCUCAGAAU